CGCGCUGGAAGCCGCCCGCGCGGAGCUGAUCCCGUCGAUCGUGAUCCUGCUACAGAAGCUGUGGCGCGGCACGCUCGCGCGCAUGCGCUACAAGAAGAUGAAGGCCGCAUACGUCAUCUACAAUGCUUGGAAACGCUACCGCUACCGCCGCUACAUCGCCCAACUGCAGACGGAACUACAGCGCAACCGCGGCGUGAUCAAGCACUGGCCCCCCUCCCCGCGGGGGGUGGCGGCGCCGCUGCUGUACGGCGCGUACCAGCCGCUGGCGCGCCUACAACACGCUGCGCGCCGUGCCGCGGGACCAGUGGCCGCAGCUCAAGAUGAAGAUCAGCGCCGCCGCCGCGCUCAAGAGCAGGAGGGCGCACUGGGGGGCUGACAGGCUGUGGCUGGGAGACUACCUGGCCAGGGACGAGUACAAUGCUAGGGCAGGUGUGUACAAGGCGCAGAUCGCGAGCAUGCAGAAGUCUCAGCAAGUCUCUCGCGCGUUGUUCUCGUGCAAGAUCCACAAGUUCAACCGGUUCAACAAAGCGGCCGAGCGUUGCUUACUCGUCACAGAUUCUGCCAUCUACAAACUGGACGCGCACAGCUUCAAACCGCUCAAGAAACCGACACCUAUUACUGACGUCGGCGCUAUCCGCAUAAUGAGCACCGACGUGCAGCUCGUGGUGAUCAGCAUACCGUCAGCGAAGAAUGACCUGGUGGUGGGGUUGGUGGUGCCGCAACCCUCGCCGCCCACCGCCAAGCCCGACCUCGUGGGGGAGUUGUUAGGCGUGCUGGCGAAUAGAUAUCACAUGCUCACCAACUCGGAGGUGUCGGUAGAGGUAGAGAGCGGUGCGACGACGCGCUGCACGCUGGGCGGGCGCACGCGCGCGCUGCAGCUGCGCCCCGCCACCUCGCCCGCCUCGCCCACAGCCUCGCCCACCUCGCCGCCCUUCACGCAUGCGCACGACGUCAUCACAUACCACCCCGCCUCGGCGCGGGCGUGAGGGCUGCUCCACAUGUUGCACCAGUUGGAUUGAUGAACAUUAAAUUUAACACACGAUAUGAAAUGAGGUGAGAUGACAAAUGUUUAGAACCAUAUUCAUCGAUAAAAACUUUGGCUCGCCGCUUCGCCUGCGUGGAAUUUGGAUUAUGACAAAUAUAUACAAAAUUAUCAUAUGUUCAAGCUUACAGAAACGUGGAUCAGAUUUUUUUUUCAACACAAAUAUAUAAGUGCAAAAUAUUUUUAAGAACUGAUAUACAAUGUGCAUGAUGAGUUAGUGAGUCUAACUUGAAAUGUGCGGAUUUGAUACAAUGAAUCGAAUAGUCAUUAGUCGAUUGUAAAUAUUUUAAUUAAUCGAUAUACAAUAUAAUCCGUGCAACUGCAGGAAAUAUAAAAAAAGUUAUGUGUUUUUUUCCGAAUAGAGCAAAUCUACAAUUUGUAAAUCGAUGCAUUUAUGCGUACAAAAAUAGUGUAAAAACCACUUUUAAUACAUAAUAUAACACAUUUUUUGAUAAUGGUGAAAAAAUUCAUCACACUCAAAUAUUUGUUUACAAUAUUUGCGAACCAAAGGCCUUGAGUAUUUGCUGAUAUCUAGAUUCCUAGCAUUAGAGCAUGUAUUAAUUGUUAACGAUAUUAUAAUUAUUAAAUUCUAUUAAAAUAUCACAGAAUAUUAUCUUCACAAAUAAUAAUCAAGGACGAUACUUAAAACUUCUUUAUUUAUAUAUGUCCAAUCGUCAUCAAAGUUUUUGACCGAUCUGAAGUUGGUAAUAAUUCACGAUCAAGUAUUGUUAGAAUGUAAAGAGAAAAACUAAGCAGCUAACUUCAGACUGGCCAACAAAACUUAUGUCAAAUAUGGAAUUCCUAAUUUAAAUAUUUCAUAUUAAAUAUGUUGUGAAUAACUAUAAUGAGUUUUAAGUUAUAUAACUGUUAUUUUACAACCGUUAUAACGAAGUGCUAUUAAUUGUAAACCGAAACGCCUUACAUUAGAGUGAUAUGUUAGGUUUAAUUGUUAAUGCUUUUAAAAUUAGGAACCCCCUAUAAACGUUUAUUGGCAUUAUUUGGCUCAGUGAGUGACGAAUCAGCUGUGAAACCAGCUGCAGUCACUGGUUCGAUAUCUGCU